GUGCCCUGUGGUUUUUAAUUUUUAUCUGUUCCGCCCCUCGGGUUUGACUUUUGACAUUUAUAAUUUUCGAUGUUUAUAAAGUAAACGAAACAAAAAAAAUGGCUUAUCCUAGUCCAUUUGUUUAUUGGGCACAAACAGAUGAAAUAAUAUCGUUAAGAGUCGAUUUAAGAAAUGUUACAAAGCCUGACAUAAAUGUUGUGGAUAAUAAUAUUAAAUUUGUGGCGCGCGGCAUCGGUGCUCACGGAGACAGAGUGUAUAAAUUCAGCUUAGACCUAUUCUCACCCUUGAUGCCUAAUACUGAUGAGGAGACAAAAAUUGUGAAGAUAUUUGAAAACAGAGUUGACUUGAUUUUAAAGAAGGAGUCUGUAGCAUGGUGGCCAAGACUUACUGCCCAGCCUCAGAAGCCAGCCUGGUUAAAGAUCAACUUUGAUCUAUGGAAGUCAGAAGAUGCUCAAGAUACUGAGGAAGACAUGGAGACAGUGGCACACGGGACACCAAAUGCAUCAAGAUACAGGGAGAAAGAAACCAGGGAUGUGAUGAAAGAUUACCCUGGCAUGUACAACAUGCUGCAGAGAGAGGAGAUUGGGUACAGCAGAGAGGGAUUCAAGAAGGUGUACCUAACCAUGUACAACUUCUUUCAAUUUGUUGGCUUUGUGAUGAUACUAAGCGUUAUGGCCGUACGGUACUCCAAGUUGGAGUACAAGUCAGUGCCAGAAACAUAUAAGUAUGUUGGCUCAGCGAUGAAGUUCCUACAAUUGCUGAUGUACUUGGAGGUUUUGCAUCCCCUCUUUGGGUAUACUAAGGGCAGUAUGCUGGUACCUUUCUUGCAAAUAAGCGGGCGCGCGUUCAUACUGUUCGCGAUGAUAGAGUCGGAGCCGCGCAUGCAGACCAAGCCGGUGGUCUUCUACCUGUUCCUGCUGUGGAGCCUCAUCGAGGUCUUCAGGUACUCAUAUUACAUAACCCAAAUUCACAAGAAGGAGAUCUAUAUACUAACGUGGCUCCGCUACACGUUGUGGAUCCCCCUAUACCCUCUCGGUAUCCUCUGCGAGUCCAUUGUGAUCCUACGCAACGUUCCGUACUUUGAGGAAACAAAGAAGUUUAGCAUUUCAAUGCCAAACGCGUGGAAUUUCGCGUUCGACAUGCCGACGUUUAUGAGGCUAUAUUUGUUGGUGCUCACUUUCCCCGGCCUGUAUUACGUUAUGAGUCACAUGCAUAAACUGAGAACCAUCAAAUUGAAACCAAAGAUUGUCAUUAAGAAAUGUGAUUAAGUUUUUUUUUUUGUGAUAAGAAUAUUACGUAAUGGUGCCAGUUCUGAAGUUCGCGUGAGUGUGAGAUUUUGUAACAAUUCGAUCGUGUGAAAGAAACCUGCCUGGCUUUAUUAUUACCGGUAUACCCCCUAACAGGUUAGAUCGUUAUCAUCUUAGAUUGCAUCAUCACUUACCUGAAGGUGACAUUGCAGUCAAGGGCUAACCAAUAGUAGAAUAAAAAAUAAAUAAAAAAAAACUACGAUUAGUAUAGAAUCAACGAUGGCGAUGUCGCCAGUGCCAGAUUACCCACGUAGUAAGAGUAGCAAUUGCUACUGGCCCCGCGCGAAAGAGGGCCCGGCAUAUUCAAAACCACU